AUGAGAGAUCGGCCCGUCAUCAGCAUCGAAAAUUACACCACAUACUGCGGCAAUGCUGAUGAGAAGAAAGUAGGUGGCUGCGUGAUAGCUGUGAAGAAGGAUUACAACAAUCUGGUGGAGGGAUUCGGCUCAACCUCGUCUAGAUGCGCCUUUGUACGACUGCGGGAUAGCAGAAAAACUCUGUAUUGUAAAUGCCCACGCAAAUUACGGAAACCGCUGAGGACAACAGUAAGGACGCCUUCUAUGGUGAAUGCGUUGAUGUCAAAAAUACCCAGCCAGCAGGUGGUCAUUGAGGUGGUCGUAAUCAACGCAAAUGUAAAGGUGGGACUUGAGCAGCAAUCUGAUGUGGUGGGGAAAUGGUAUUAUUCAGCGGAGCAGAUGACAAAUAACGGUAAUCGUCUAGUCGACUUAUGA